AUGUAUCCUGUAGUAUCGGAGUACGAGGCGAUAAGGAGAAAAAGCGGAGAAUCAGAAGGCAUUAGUUUAUCUCAAAGAUACCAAGUACAAAAAUACUUAGCGCAAGGAUACGUGAAUUUAUCCAUGAUCGGACGGCCGAACUUCUUCAUGAGCAGACCGCUCGUUCGAGCCACUGGACUUCUUAACAGAAACUCCACGACCGAAAUUAUCCACGUCAAUACGUUGUCUGAGGGAAAUACAUCAGUUAAUCAAUAUAGUGCCAUUGAAAUCACUGAAGUCAGCGGUCGCCUUCACUGUCUCAAUGGAUCUAUAAGUCCAGCCUGUUGGCUGAAAAUCAUCACCUUGGCGACAGAUUUCCAAAAUUACAACGUUCUACUCACGAUUAGCAACGGGGGACUCGUGUUAAAAGCAAUAAAAGACAUAGCGUCAGGAGAACCACUGUUAAUGUGGUUUGAGGAUUGUAUUUUGACUAUGUUGAACAUUCCAUUUUUAACACCGGUAAACUGCAACAUUCAAGGUAGGUAUCUUUGUCAGGUUUACAUGUGUCACAAUUGCAACAGCUGUUUUGAUUAUCCAAAUCCUCUGAAACUGCAUUUGGCGUUGGAUUGCAACCGAAUGGACAACAGUUACAUUUGGAUGCUACUAGCGAACAAGAUCGUUAAUUCCCAGAGUACGGAUUUCUCCUUCAGUCAUGCAGGAAGAAGUUUCACGUUUGAGCUGAAGCCCUUGCCCGUUUCUAGACCGACAGCAUUACCGAUCGGUAUUCCAGCGUACCCGAUUCAAACAAUUGACACCACCGCCCGUUCAUUGAGGAACGAUUCGCCGUGCUCGUCGAAUCAGUUAUCGUCCAUCUCCUCGAACGGUCCCUCUCCGGUACCCCCGUAUUCUUCGGUAAAAUCCCCGCCGGCAGAGAUCUUACCGAGCACGUCGGCCUACGAAUCGCCUAUCGAGAACGUGGAGAGAAAUCGCUAUUUGGCUCUGAGGCCCUACGAAGUCCUGAUGCAGCGAGACGUCUACAGGAGUAGUUUCAUGCCCUACGACAUGCGUCCCGGCGUACAAGCGGAAACCAAGAGGAAGGAUCCCGCGCAAGUGGAGACACUUGCCAGCGACAUGGGCAAGUGCGGCGCCGGGUACAGGUGUAUAUUCUGCGACAAAAUAUACUCGAGAAAAUACGGACUGCGGAUCCACAUUAGGACACACACGGGUUACAAGCCCCUGAAAUGCGACUUCUGCCAGCACAGAUUCGGGGAUCCCAGUAAUCUCAACAAACACGUGAGACUGCAUGCGACUAACGACAGCCGUUACAAGUGCAGUAUUUGCAACAAAAUGCUGGUCAGAAGGAGGGACUUGGAGAGACACAUAAAUUCCUGGCACUCGGAAAAGAAUGACGCUAACGUUUCCAAUGCCGAAAUCAAUGACGGGGAUUAG